CAUAUCAGACAUAAGCCUGAAUAGUAUUCGCUAUAGUGUGCUAAUCGAAGACGUAACGUUACACUACGAUGGCAGUCCUUCAGGAGAUCACAGGAUGGCUUUCACAUAUUAUGUUUUACGUACUCUGUGUUGUUUUAAUCGCAUUUGUUGCGUAUUGUCUGUAUGUUAGACAUGUUCAUCAGAAAUAUGAUCAUAUACCUGGACCUCCAAGAGACAAUUUUUUACUGGGACAUACGCCGACUUUUAUAAAAGAAAUAAAUAAAUCGGACGGCGUCAUACACGACUUAUUUUUGGAAUGGGCAGAAAAAUAUGGUCCUGUCUACAGACUUAACAGCUUGCAUUUUGUUGUUGUCAUGAUUUAUUGCCCUGAGACUACUAAGACAGUAUUGAUGUCACCUAAGUACCCCAAAGAUCCUUUCGUCUACAAACGCCUCUUUAACUUGUUUGGAAAAAGGUUCCUGGGAAACGGACUUGUGACGGCUACAGAUCAUGACGUCUGGUACAGGCAGCGGCGCAUUAUGGAUCCAGCCUUUAGCAGCUCAUACCUGCGAGGCCUUAUGGGGACGUUUAAUGAGAUGUCAGAACGCCUCAUGAACGAACUGGAGGAAACGGCAGACACGAAUACACCUGUCGUGAUGCACGAUAUGGUCAACUGUGUCACACUUGACGUCAUUGCCAAGGUGGCUUUUGGUGUUGAUUUAAACUUGUUAAAGAAUACUGACUCCCCCUUCCAGACUGCUAUAGAGCUGUGUUUAAAAGGCAUGGUAUAUUAUCUCAGAGACCCUUUUUUCAAGCUUAACCCCAAGAACUGGAAGACGGUACAACAAAUUAAAGAUGCAGCUGAACUCUUGCGUGCAACAGGAGAGAAAUGGAUACAAAACAGGAAGACAGCAGUGGAAAAUGGUGAAGACGUCCCCAAAGAUAUUCUCACUCAAAUUCUCAAGACAGCAGAGGAGGAAAAAGCAAACAACUUAGAAGACCACGAGCUGAUGCUGGACAAUUUUGUCACUUUCUUUAUAGCGGGGCAAGAGACAACAGCCAAUCAGCUCUCGUUUGCAAUCAUGGAAUUAGGACGACACCCUGAGAUAUAUAAACGAGCUAAAGCAGAAGUGGAUGAAGUGCUCGGGAUGAAACGUGAAAUUGUAUAUGAAGACCUGGGAAAACUCAGUUAUCUGUCUCAGGUGUUGAAGGAAACGCUGCGUCUGUACCCCACUGCUCCAGGAACAUCUCGCUGGCUGCCUGAUGACAUCAUUAUAAAUGGACUGAAAGUGCCAGGAGGAUGUGCUGCUAUUUUCAGUUCUUAUGUCUCCGGAAGAUUGGAAAAGUUUUUCAAAGAUCCGCUGAAGUUUGAUCCAGAGAGAUUUGAUGUGAAUGCCCCAAAGCCUUAUUACUGCUACUACCCAUUUGCUCUUGGACCGCGUUCUUGUCUGGGGCAGGGCUUCUCACAGAUGGAGGCGAAAGUUGUGCUCGCCAAACUGCUUCAGAGGUUUGAGUUCAGUCUGGUUGCUGGACAGUCUUUUGACAUUAAAGACACAGGAACUCUGCGGCCCCGAAGUGGAGUUAUCUGUACCAUUAAACACUGCACACAGGACGUGUUCUAGACUCUGGAUUUCUAGGAUUUUUUUUAUUUUGUACUGAUCAGUAUGUUGAUGUGUACUUCAUGUUUAAUAUUCCAAAGGCACUUGAACUAUGUUGUCUUACAUUGUAAAUCUUUAUUUUAAAGAGUACAUAACUAGGGAUUUUUAAGGUCCUACUUUGGUUUAUGGAGUGUCCAACAACAAGUUUAUAUAUAUAUAUAGAAGGUGUAAAAACACUAUUAUUUCGUAAUAAUAGGCAGUUAUUCUUACCUUACUUCUUGACUGACUCUCAAAUAAUUUGUUCCGCGAUUCAUCUGUCUAAUCCCCUCCUUUCCGCUAGCCUAGUCUGAUGUGAUUGGUCAGGUGGUCUAGUCUGCUGUGAUUGGUCUACCGCGAAUGAGGCUCAGGACCUCGAUUUGGGGGAGAAGAGUGAAGUUUUCGCGGGCAGUCCUAGCAAAACGUAGGCGGGGACUAUAUGUAGUGACGUAAAUCUGCGGCAGUUCGCGAAUCGGACUAGGGACGACUCGUUUGCGUAAUUCAGAGUCGACUCCCUUAUUUCCAAGCCAAUAACUUUGUUAUUCAUUCACCUUCGGAUUUACAACUUGGCAGACUGCUUACUUUCAAACACGGCAACAUUACACACUGCUCAUGUUAUACUCUUUAAAAUGAGAGGCUACGUCUGCCCACGUGUUUUCCUGCCCUAUGACCCUGAGAUAUGACAGCCAGCCUGUGGUAAGCGAUAAAAAAUGGGGGGAUUAUUGGCUGUUUAGAAAGAGGGAUCUGCAUUUUUAAGUAAAUUAAUUUUUUGGUGGGGUACUUAUGGUUGCCGAGAGGUGUUUUCAAUAUGAAAUUACAGGAAAUCAUUUACUCACUUUGUUUGUCAUGGUGCUGCCACAAGACCAAGAAAGACAUGGCAUGACGAGGCAGAACCACGACGGAACCCCAUGUUUCAUUUGGAGGGAGGUAAUUUUGGCCCUUUCGGCUUGCCAUACUCUCUCCGGUCUCCGUGGGUUUUUGUUUCAUGUUUUGUAUUUAUAAUUAGAGUCUGUUUGUUAACCCCUUACCCGCUGUCUGCACUUGGGUCCUCUGUCCAUAUUUCCCCCAGCGUUCAUGACACUGUUGUCCUUUUAAACCGGUGUGAUUUUCUUUCUUCUGGAAAACACAAAAGAUGUUUUGAAAAAUGUUGGUAACCAAAAAACGCUGGUCCCCAUCGUCUUCUAUUGUAUGGACACAAAACGGUUUUGUGACCUUUUCUUUGUCAUUUGUCCAUGUUUGUCAUGUCCAUAAAUGCAUAAAAGAUGGUCCAGAUAUACUUAUGCAGGUGUCCAAUACAAUGGAAGGUGUGAUACUAGUCUGAAGUUAAGCCUGUAGCCAUAACAACAGUAAAGAUAAAGUAAUCAUUGCAACACUACAAUAAGGUGCUAUUUGUUAACAAUGCGGUAACUAACAUGUACUAAAAAUGAACAAUAUGGUUUUUCAGCAUGAAUUAAGUCUUGUUAAUGUUAGUUAAUGUCAAUAAAAUGACUCAUAUUAGUUCAUGAUGCAGAAGAAUUUAUUGACAAAAAGGGAAAGUGACACAACAUUUCUGUAUGUCCCUAGUGUAGUCUGACUCUUAAACAGAAAUCCUUAACCUUGAGCUGUAUAAACAAAUCCAUAAAAGUAUCAUCUGAAAACUCUUUAUUCACUAAUGUUAAAGGGCGUUUACAUUGUUAACCCCCCCAAAAGUAUUUUCCCUGCUGAAAAUAAAACAAUAAUAGAGCCCUGUCCAAAACACAAUAGAAGAUGUAAUGGAUUUAAUGAGAUUUGGAUUGGGUUUUAAUGGAAACUAUAAUGGUGUUUUCUGAUAUAUGGAGUAUACUAUUGGUGGGAUGUUGAAAUAAUGCCUAAACACACUACAAAAGGACUUUUGUAAUGGUUUUAAUGGAAAAAGCUAAUUGUUCAUAAUGAUAUUUUAAUAAAAACCUUU